AUGGCUUUGAAUAACGUUAAGAGACCAGAUCUAUGUAUUCCAUAUAAGCAUAUUGCUCCACCAAAGAGUCCUUAUGGUACUGCGGGAUUCUCGGGUCUCGUUAACCAAUCGAUGCCCCUCGUGGCCAUGUUCUUGAGAAAUAAGUUUAUUGCAUGGUUCGCAUUGAUUCAAAGUGUGCAUUACUAUUUCAACACUGAUCCAGAAGAAGCUGCUGCUGCAUCCGCUUCAAGUAAGAGUUCCAUGGACCAACCACCAUUAAUGAAAGUUUUGCUCAGUGUAGUCGGUUUGUUUGUGUGUUACAUGAACUUGAUCAUCCCACAGCCACCAAUAGCUCCACCAAAGGCUAGUUCGGAUUGA